GGAAGUUCUUCCUUUCUCUGCCGCCAUUUUUCGAGUACCAACAAGUUUGCUAUCGAGAUUCCAACAGAAUGUGAUGGUGUGACAGGAUUACAGCAAAUAAUCAAAAUGCCACGCGAAAUCAUAACCCUCCAACUGGGACAAUGUGGCAAUCAAAUUGGCAUGGAGUUCUGGAAGCAACUCUGUUCGGAGCAUGGGAUUAGCCCAGAGGGUAUUUUAGAAGAAUAUGCCACAGAAGGAACUGAUAGAAAAGAUGUGUUCUUUUACCAGGCUGAUGACGAGCACUACAUUCCCAGAGCAGUUUUACUGGACCUGGAACCCAGGGUCAUCAACACUAUUAUGAAUUCACCUUAUGCCAAUUUGUACAACCCUGAGAAUGUGUAUUUGUCUAAACAUGGAGGUGGAGCUGGUAAUAACUGGGCCAGUGGCUAUGCCCAGGCAGAGAAGUUAUAUGAAGAAAUCUUCGACAUCAUUGACAGGGAAGCUGAUGGCAGCGAUAGUUUGGAGGGUUUUGUAGUGUGUCACUCUAUAGCAGGUGGUACUGGAUCUGGUAUGGGGUCGUACCUACUGGAGAAACUUAAUGACAGAUUUCCAAAGAAACUGAUCCAAACUUAUUCUGUUUUCCCCAAUAUGGAUGAGAUCUCUGAUGUAGUGGUACAACCCUACAACUCUAUUUUGACGUUGAAGCGUCUCACACAAAACGCUGACUGUGUGGUGGUUUUGGACAAUACAGCAUUACAUAGGAUAGCAGCAGACAGACUGCACAUAGACACGCCAUCAUUUGCCCAAAUUAACCAGCUGGUAUCAACAGUGAUGUCCACCAGUACAACAACACUUCGUUACCCAGGCUACAUGAACAAUGAUCUGAUUGGCUUAAUAGCCUCCCUCAUACCAACACCGCGUCUACACUACUUAAUGACAGGAUACACACCCCUCACCACAAAUUCUCAGGUUGCUAGUGUGAGGAAGACCACAGUCCUGGAUGUGAUGAGACGAUUGUUACAGCCCAAAAACAUGAUGGUAUCAACACACGUCCACCGACAGGCUGCCCACUGUUACAUAUCUAUCCUAAACAUCAUACAGGGCGAGGUCGACCCAACACAGGUGCACAAGAGUUUACAGCGGAUCAGGGAGAGAAAGCUGGCCCAGUUCAUCCCCUGGGGCCCUGCUAGUAUCCAGGUGGCCCUCUCACGUAAAUCACCCUACACACAGACAGCUCACAGAGUCAGUGGGCUCAUGCUGGCCAAUCACACGAGUAUUUCCUCUUUGUUUGAAAGAACUCUACGGCAGUACGACAAACUAAAGAAACGCGAAGCUUUCAUGGACCAGUUUAAGAAGGAAUCAAUUUUCAAAGACAAUUUAGAUGAGUUUGAUAAUUCAAGGGAAGUGAUUCAACAACUUGUGGAAGAGUACGAGGCUGCGACCAGACCGGACUAUUUGUCGUGGGGAACACAGCAGGCACCAGCUGCUGAAAGAAUAUGAGGACCAGAAAAGCUUUCUGGAUUGUAAUGGUGGCUGUUGAUGAAGACACAAACUGUUUGGAUAACAAUGUAUCAAAUUGUAUUGAGAAUCUCCAUGUGUUAUAUUCGAGGAUGAAGGUGGAUAUGUUGACUAAUGACAAGAUGUCUCUGAAUAGUGCCUUAUUUAUUGUACAUCAGAUCACAUAUAAUCUUCAAACUUUACUGUAUGUUAGUUGCAUUUUAAUACAGUGCAAUGCAUGAGAUAUUUCAAAUUAUGUCACAAUGUUCUCAGAUUUUGUUCUUUCAACUUAAUGUAUUUUCAAUUUGUUAUUUCCGGGGACUCUUCCCUAUUUGAAAUUACCACUGAUAAGCCUUUGCCUAUUAGCCCACCAAUAUCUCUCAGUUCAGCAGGGAUGCUAUUUAGCUAUCCUGCACUACUUUGAAUCGAUGUUUCUGUGUUUGCCCUUUGAACUUGUUACAUGAUAAAUACGGUAAAUUAUUUGUUAAAUAAUACUUUCCUGAUAUAUGGAUAUUUGGGUAUAAACAGAUGACCCUCAUCAUGAUAACUAUCACUUGUACAUUUCACUAAAUUUACAUAAACAUCUUGAGUGCUCUAUUUGUAGAGUUAUGAUGGAAUUUAACAUUUUGUUACCUUUAGUUUUCAACAAUAUAAUGAUAUAUAAGACAUAACAUUAUAUUAAGGAUUGAUUAUUUAUUGUUUAUAAAAGUGGAAAAAGACAAACUGUAAGAGUUCAUACAUUGUUAAAUUCAAAUAGAUAACCAAUUAUCACUCAUUGAGGCACUCACAUUACUGUGUACUAGGUACACCAUGUCAAACUAUAUGAUUUAUUGUACAGUUAUAUUAAAUUCAGAACAUUAUGUGUGAGUUUGAAGUUAUUUCAGUGUAUUUAUGUUAAAACAGAUGCCAUGUAUUUGGUUUUAGAUAUGUGUAAUGACCCAGUAUGUAUUUAUUUUACACUAUUGUACUUGAUCAAAACAUUGACUCUUUAAUAGUGUGGUCCAACAUCACAUUUACAGAUUUUAUAGACUGGUUAUUAAAUGUACAUUGUGUGGUGAUGUCAUAAUAGUGUACUGAUGUCAUAAUCAGCGUAAUUACCAUGUAGUCGGUUAUUUCCGUGGGGAUGAAUUUGUUAAGAAAUUUGUAUUUUGACAUCUGGAGCAAACUUAGCAACAUUUAGAUAUCCUCUUGCAGCAAUGUCAUAAAAUGUUAAUUUGUUAAAAGUUUAAUUCUUCCGUUUCCAUUCCGAAAAUCCAGAAAUUUUUGACCCAUGAAAAUAACCAGCAUUAUGGUAUACUGUAUUUUUUUGUUGGAGAAACAUUUUUAAAAUAAGAUAUGAUUUAGUCAUUGAUUUAGAUACAUAGCGACAACACUCCAUGUUCGCACAUCAAUAUCAGUUCUGAAAUAAUCAUUAUUUACAUUUUAUGUAUUCAUAACUUGUACAUGUAUCUUUGUUUCAAUGAUUCUGAACAUAUUUCUGGAAUAUUAAUUCAAAAUAUGCCAUGAGAUUUAUUUGUCAUGAAGUAAAUAUGAUAACAGUUAAUAGUUGUAAACCCCUGUUUAGACACGUAUACAAGUUUUCUGUGAUGCACACAUGUUAGCAGUUUUUGUGAACUUCAAAAACAUUAAUGAAGAUAGCAUGCAGGGAUUUAUCUUCUCCAUAUUUGCUGUUUUCAUUCUCCUUUUCCUCUUUAUUUCACUUUUCCUACCAAGAUGUUUCCCUUUGGAGAUAUUUUACAUAAGACAUUUUUUAUUUGUGAAAUGCAACAGAACACAUAUCUAUGGACUCUAAAAUGAAAAUUUCUCUUCUCAGAUAAUUUGUCCAUUAAGAUAUCUUUAAUAUCAUUAUUUUUCAAUUUGAAAAUGAAUUUGGUCAAUUUUAACCCUGUGAUUUUGUACAUUUCGACACAUAACACUCCCGUCUUUAACCUUUAAAAGAUGUAUUAUUCCCCGACAUGAUAAAUAAUUCUAAAAAGGUGGUACCUUUUAAAAACUAGAUAAAUUCCUGACAUGAUAAAUAUUGGGGUAUGCUUUUAAGGCUGAUGACAGUACCAUGAUAGACAAUGGUGAUUGGCAAUGUUUUGUGUUUACAUUUUAAUUAACCGAUGCUGUACUGUCUUAUGAACUGUGCAUCUGCUUACAUAUAUAUGAAUUAUAUGUAUAAAUACAACUUAAAGACGUUUCAAAUA